CCUGGUCCCUCGGUUUAACAAAAACAAAAUGGCGGUUCGAAAAAGUGGUUUUUUACACCAUGAAGUCAGAUAAGAGAAUUGUGUGGUUAUAAUUCGUGUGGUAUUACCGAAAUGUUCGGUGGAGGAGAUGCAAAGAAUAACUUAGAGUUUGUAUCCAAGGCGCAGGCAGCCAGACAAGAACGAGCUAGGGACAGAGCUCGCGAAAAGGCUGCUAUUAAAAUCCAGUCAUGGAUACGGAGGUUUCUAUGCAUAAAUAAACUGAGGACCAAGUGCAGGGAAAACUUUGAUCAUAUGAUAGCAGAGGAAAGCAAGAACCACAUAAUUUCUGGUGUUGCAUUGUUUCACAAGAUCAGACAAUUCCUCUUCUUCUUCCAAGAAAGCAAAGAUGCAAAGAGGCUGGUAUCUUUGUGUAGAGUCAUCUUAUCAGCCAUGGAAGCUAAUGACCCCAAGGUGUGGUAUGUGUCAGUGGCUCUGUCACAGGAUCUUAUUUUGUUGUGGAUCCAACAAGUCAAAAGACUUCUGUGGCUUUGCUGCCACUUCAUGAGAAAGCUAAAGCCUCACAUUGUGAAUGAUGCCAAGGAAAUCAGCAUCUAUCUGAACAUGUUGGUGAUUUUUACUGACUGUUCACGCUGGAAGAUCCUCACCGUUAAGGGAGGUGAAGCACUAAGACCUAGUUUGCAGCAGCUCUGCUCGAAUAUUUUGGGUCACUUGAAUGCGAAAGGCUUCUACCCUGUUCUAAAGGAUCUACUGAUGAACGGUCUCGCUCGGUUUGAGCCCGCAUUAAAGGCUGCCUCUUUUACAGCGGUUAUCACCCUGUCACUCAGGUCACUGGUGAUCGCACAGUUUUCAGAGAACUUAUGCAGUUUAUUUAUCCUGAACGUAUUAUCAGUGCCCGGUCUGGUGCUGCACCUAUCAAACAUCGCCCCCGAGGCAGUAAAGUUUUUACAGACGCAUAACGUUUACCGCCACGUGCUGACAUUCCUCCGUCAAGAUCAAAGCAGUCGGAUUAUCUACAACUCUUUGGAGUGUAGCUAUGCCCUCUGCUUACUAGCAAACAUCGUAUCUCUCUCUCAAGCCGACCAAGAGGAAUUCAAGAAAAACCUACUCGACUUUGUUGCCGUGGUGACCAGGCUACUGUUGUACUGUCACUCAUACGUCUCCAAGCAACAGAGUAACCUGACCCACUGGCACCCCAUACUUGGCUGGUUCAAGCAAAAAUCAGAGCCGAGGUUGAAUGACUGCAUCCCCCAUGUGACGCGCCAGUUGGGGGUCCUGUGGCACAGGCAGACCGUACAGUUGCUGUUUGCUGAUCUGCAGACCGUGACGGAGCUGGACACUAGUGCGCAGGCGCAGUCUGAUAAAGAUUCCAAGAAACUCCGAUUCUGGUUCAACUCCCUAAAACUCGGUGGCAACAAGUCGAGCUCAAGAGUCAGCCAAUCACAAGUGGAGCUGGUCUCGAACGUCUGCGUUAUGUACCAAACGAUGAUCAUCACUUUCUCGCAGAUUAGACUAGACGUCCUCACAGGUCUCAGUUACCAAGAGGAGUUCCUUGUUCGAUUGUGGCGUUUUUUCCAGUUGAUCGGCAAUGACGGCGGGCCUAAGCUAGUGCUUUCUAGUAUAACACGCGGGGCUCUUAACUGUUCUCACUCACUACAGGCAACUUUGACACUUUUCUGCGACUGCUGCAGCCAUCUGUUACCUAUUGUGGACGAUGGUGAAAUGUACGAGCAGCAGAAGCCGUUCCGCCUGGAUGACCUCGUGAAUAUGUCGGCCUUCCUCAACCAACUCGUGUUCAAGAUGUACUGGUGUGAAGUCACUGAUGAGAGCAAACCACAGGGCUGCUCAGGGGAAGCACUGCUGACCGCUGCUCAUACCUUCCUUAUGAUCCUUUACGAUCGUGACUGCAGGCGCGCCUUCGCGCCGCCUAACCACUGGCUUAUCAAGGAUAUUCGUAUCGGCUCGUUUGUAUCGGAGCUGGAGGUUGGCAAGCAGCGUGCCUUGCUGGUGUUACGUAAAAUCCCUCACGUCAUUCCUCACAAGGAGCGCGUGCGCCUGUUCCGUGACUUCGUGGCGAAGGAUAAAGAGAGCCUCGGUAUCGCGAGGCCCAGCGACGACUUCAUGCCUCAAGGGACGCUGAUAACAGCGCACAGAAACAGACUGCUCGAGGAUGGGUAUGACCAACUCUCCGUACUUCCCGCGCACAUCCUCAAGGGGCUCAUCCGUGUACGCUUCAUCAACGAACAGGGUCUUCCAGAGGCGGGCAUUGACCAAGAUGGAGUAUUCAAAGAAUUUUUAGAGGAAACGAUUAAACACGCUUUCGACCCUGCAUUCAACCUAUUCAAAGUGACAACAGGCGAAGAGCAGAGGCUGUACCCCUCCCCGACAUCCUUCAUUCAUGACAACCAUCUGCUGUUAUACGAGUUUGUUGGCAAAAUGCUGGGCAAGGCAGUAUACGAGGGCAUUGUGGUGGAGGUGCCUUUCGCAUUCUUCUUCCUGAAUCACGUGUUAGGAAAUCAGCACAGCAACCUCUAUAGCUCCAUUGACGAGCUUCCUUCACUUGAUCAGGAGUUGUACAAGAGUUUGACCUUCAUCAAGCAUUAUGACGGUGACAUCCGGGACCUCGAUCUGACGUUCUCAUUCGACGAAGAUGUGCUGGGCAAGGUUGUAACUCAUCAAUUAAAACCCGGGGGAACCGCGAUUGUAGUCAGUGACGAGAACAAGAUCAGCUACGUACAUCUUAUGGCCCAUUAUCGCAUGUGUAUUCAGAUACGUGAACAAACUAGGGCCUUCAUCCGGGGAUUCAAGUCGAUAGUGCACAAUGAUUGGCUCAGGAUGUUCUCGGCCCCAGAGCUCCAGCGACUUAUCUCCGGCGAUAACACAGCGCUGGACUUGUCUGACCUGAGGGUUCACACACGCUACUAUGGCGGUUACCAUGGUGGCCAUCGUGUCGUAGUCUGGCUUUGGGAGAUACUGGACAAAGAGUUCAAUGAUCAGGAAAAAUCGCUAUUCCUUAAGUUUGUGACGAGCUGUUCCAAGCCACCUCUCCUAGGCUUCGAGCAUCUUGAGCCUCCCUUUAGCAUCAGGUGCGUCGAGUGUCCUGAUGACGAGGAUGAUGGUGAUACUGUUGGGAGUGUACUACGGGGAUUUCUGAACAUCCGUCGACGGAACGCCCGCGAAACGGUCAGCAGACUACCCACCGCUUCCACGUGUUUUAACUUGCUAAAGCUUCCAAAUUACCGGAAGAAGAGUACGCUUAGAGACAAAUUACGAUAUGCCAUACAAUGCAACGCUGGAUUUGAGCUGUCAUAGAAGCUGCACAAGCUACGAUAUGUCAUAAAAUGUAGCGCGGGAUUUUGAGCGCUGUUCUAGUAGCUGCAAAAGCUACGAUAUCUCAUCUAGUGCAAUGCCUGAUUUGAGCUGACCUAGAUACUAUAUAAGCUACAAUAUGUCAAACAAUGCAACGCUGGAUUUGAGUUCUCCUGGAAACUGUACAAGCUACAAUAUGUCAUACAAUGCAACGCUGGAUUCGAGCUGUUCUAGAUACUAUACCAGCUACAAUAUGUCAUAAAAUGCAACGUGGAUCGUGCUGUCCUAGAUAUUAUACCAGCUACAAUAUGUCAUACAAUGCAACGCUGGAUUCGUGCUGUCCUAGAUACUAUAUCAGCUACAAUAUGUCAUACAAUGCAACGCUGGAUUCGAGCUGUCCUAGAUAUACCAGCUACAAUAUGUCAUAAAAUGCAACGUGGAUCGUGCUGUCCUAGCUACAAUAUGUCAUUCAAUGCAACGCUGGAUUCGAGCUGUCCUAGAUACUAUACCAGCUACGAUAUGUCAUACAAUGCAACGCUGGAUUUGAGCUAUCCUAGAUAUUUUACAAGCUACAAUAUGUCAUACAAUGCAAAGCUGGAUUUGAGCUAUCCUAGAUAUUAUACAAGCUACAAUAUGUCAUACAAUGCAAAGCUGGAUUUGAGCUAUCCUAGAUAUUAUACAAGCUACAAUAUGUCAUACAAUGCAAAGCUGGAUUUGAGCUCUCCUAGAUGGUACAAUUAAUAGAAAACGUAUAAAUACAAGCUACGAUAUGCCAAAAUGUGUAACAUCUCGGAUCCGGUCAUAUACAAUACAUGGGAGGCGAACAAUACAUCUUUGGCAUCAAGAUAGGUGGUAGACAAAUAGAAGAAUUCGCAUGAAACAAUAUCUAAUGAUGCUGUUUUCCAUAAAGACAAUUUUUAGUGUUUUAGAAGUUCGAAUAAUUACACAAUUCUCUGGGUGAGCAUGCACCCCCUUCAUAAGAAAAAAUAUCCGGUCCCAAAAUUUUGGUUCUGAAUUAAAGUUUUAUUGCCCUGAGGAUUUUCUCUGAAUUCCAAUGUGAGCCCCUUCUCUAACAUAUUUUUUAAACUAUAAUUAUUUACAAUGGUACUAACAAUUCCCAUACAUAAAUAUACACUAGAGAGUUUUUAUGAACCUGCGUACUACACUAGUGUACAAGAGUGGUUUUCAAAAUCCCAUGCAACAAAAUGUAAUUGUUGAAGUGUAAUAGUCAAGCCAGAACAAAAGAGAACAAAGGCAUUGCAGUGUAUUAGUACUAAAUAAACUAAAUAGUUUUUUUAAACCACUUUACUGUGUUCUUUGUUUUCGUUUGUUCACUUUUGAUUUCUUGGCUAAUGUUAGAAUAAAAAAAAACCCGCCGCUAGUGCUUACAUUUAGAGUAGCACCUAUCCGAUCAUUACAGUCACCAUACCCGUGGUCUUGCAUCCUCAUAUGCACCACGUAACGUUGAAUUCUACCCUGGGCUGAAUAGCCGAGUGUCACCCCUCGUGUGAACAGCAUUGCUGGCGCUCCUGUAAGGAGUUGCUACAUAGUGUUGCGCCGUCAUCCUCUUUCGCCCUGUUGUCAGGGGAACAAGCUGGUGCUGUUUUCAGGCUUCAAUCCAGAAAAUAUAUCUGUAAAUAGUCUUGAAAAUAAAUUUUAGUGGAUUAAAAUCCACUAUGGACUGA